AGAAUUUCACUUCUUUCAUUUUAUUUGACCCACGGAACAGAACUGAACUGAACAGAACGGAUAUGUCAUCCCCAACACGAACUCGUCCGUCGUCUUCGUCGUCUUCAACAACGAGCGAAACCCUAACCCAGCUGAUUCCAGGCCUCCCCAACGAUCUCGGGGCUCUGAUCCUCUCCUUCAUCCCUUACUCCCACCACGCCCGCCUCAAGCUCACCUGCAAGCCCUGGCGCCUCUUCUUCUCCUCUAAAUCCCUCAUCUGCCUCCGCUCCCGGAACCCCAAGUCCCGCUCCCACCUCCUCUGCAUCUUCCCCGGCGAUCCUUCCAUUGCUUCUCCCUACCUCUUCGACCCCCACUGCCUCGCCUGGUGCCCUCUCCCACCUCUCCCCCCCGACCCUCACGUCUACGGCCUAUGCAAUUUCACCUCCAUCUCCAUCGGCCCCCACUUGUACGUCCUCGGUGGUUCCCACUUCGAUGCCCGCUCCUUCCCCCUCGACCGGCCUUCCCCCUCCUCCUCGACCUUCCGUUUCGAUUUCUUCACCAACAGGUGGGACCGCCUCGCCCCUAUGAUCUCCCCUCGUGGGAGCUUCGCCUGUGCGGUGGUCCCUCACCCUGACCAGAUUCUGGUCGCCGGUGGGGGCUCCCGCCACACCAUGUUCGGAGCGGCUGGGAGCAAGAUGAGUUCCGUAGAGAGGUACGACAUCAAGAAGGAUGAGUGGGUGGCCUUGGACGGGUUGCCGAGGUUUAGAGCGGGCUGCGUGGGCUUCUUAGUGGGGAGUGGGGAGCAGAGGGAGUUUCUGGUGAUGGGUGGGUACGGGCAGUCGAGAUCCAUAUCCGGGGUGUUUCCGGUGGAUGAGUAUUACAGGGAUGCGGUGGUGCUCGAGUUGAAUGUACAUGAUGGCUGUGGUGGCGGGAAAUGGAGGGAGGUCGGGAAUAUGUGGCAAGAAGGGGAGAGGAGGAGGCUGGGAAAGACGGUUGUUGUCGAGGACGAUGAUGCGGGUGGAGUCCCUAUGAUUUUCAUGUUUGACGAGAAUGACAUCUUCAGGUAUGAUAUUGCAUGUAAUCGUUGGGAGAAGGAAUCCAGUGUACCAAGAAAUUCUCCCUCCAGCUCAGUGCCUGGAUUUUUCGUGUUGGAUGGGGAGUUGCACGUAAUGACCCUUCUGAAUGGACAUGAUUCACCAGAAACCCGCAUGUUAUGGCCGCUCAAGAAGGCAGGAUCUCUGUUCAUCCAAAUCUACAAUCCUCGAAGAAAGACGUGGAGAUCCCUCACAACAAAGCCCCCAUUUUCUGAUCCUUUGGACUUCAGAAAUGCUGUCAUGUGCACCAUUCGCUUGUGAGCAGGGUACAAACCACAGCGAGUCUGAUGCAAGGGACGCUAUAUCUUGUGUUAAUAGUGCCCCCGUUGAUGUACAGGUUAUUUUAUACGCACAUGGGUCUCAGUGAUAAUCUUAGCAUGUCACUGUGGUUGCUAUAGUGUAGCAAAAGCUGUGUUGAGGAUAAUGAAGUAAACUUAAGCUGGUGCAGCAGUAAUCAUUCUUUCACCUUUUCCUGUGUAUGAUUCAUUCGUAUGGUCAACGAAAGAGCAUUCCGCAACUCGAGAUUGGUGUUUCUGCAAGUCUGAUGCUCGCAGUGAGGUUCUGGAUGACUAUUUUUGGGUAAAAUGAAUAUUGCUAUAUUUGCCGAUAGUGGUCUAAAUAAAAUGA